UGGAAAUCAUAAGAACCCGCCAUUGAGGGAGCAAUUGAUAACAGCGAGUGAGCGCGGAACAUGGGUUGGUCUCGCGUAACACUACACGGCUAUUCAAGGAAUUAAUUCGAUUCCUAUUGUUUGUAAACUUUGGCAGGUUUCACGCCGAAGUUGACUCCAAGACCUGACGGGCGAUCUGUAAGCAAGCAGUCUUUCUGUUAGUAGGAAUCUGGGAUAGAUUAGGUUCACCCCAGCGAUGUUCUAGAUUCUUAUUGGCAAACUGCGAAUCGAUCAAAGAAACAGGCCGAGGAGGUAUAAAUAUAGAAUUAUCGAUCCAGUAGGUGACAGCAGCCCAUCAGCAAUGAGGCCUUGUGCUGUCCUAAAGGUAGUAUCCCAAAGAGACAUUGAAACAAUAUGGAGUUUCUCCUUGUUGGAUUUCUGCUGAUUUCCGCGGCGCUCGUAAGCGAGCAAAGCAACGUUCAAUCGACUGAAAAAAUCGAAAGCGCGACAGCUGUUGUAGGGAGAGUUUUUGUUUAUACUUUGCCAAACGAGGGUGAUCAUGAAGCCAUAUCUAAGGCAAUCCAAAGAGUACAAGAGACUCUACCGCAAUGGCUGUCUUUCAAUGCGGAAAAAUCUGCACUCCUUGGAAUUCCCUCAUGGCGUGACAGAGGCGGAAUUUUGAUCGAUUUUCAAUCGCAAGAUGGAGUUGUUGUUCAUUCAUUGCAGAUCGAGAUCAAAGACUUGCGUGAGGGAACGUCACAGUCGGGGCCACACUCAAACAACAGCAAGGAAUUUUCUUACUCGAAACCGAAAUGCCCUAAGGGACUACCUGUCGCAGCGGCCUCGAUUAUAUUAGACUAUCACUUGGAAAAAACUACGGGGUUAACGAGGGUAGAGAUUAUGAACAAAGUGGGCGAGUUUGUCAACGUGGAUGUUGGAAAUCUGCACAUGUUGGCGGGAAAAGGACACAACACGGCAUUCGGGCUCAAGGAUGUUAUAACUGUCACAGCAGGCCCAGGAAAUGUAGGAGAUCCCAAACAGUCGGGUGUGGUUAUCUCUUGGCAGAUUGGAUGCGGAAUUGAUAUUCCUAUUGCUGGAGUACGAAUAGCCACCUUCCUCAAAUCAAGCGCAGAGACUGGAGCCUUCGGUCCAGUACUUGGUCUCCCUGUGACUGAGUGGCACAUAUCCAUUGGUUAUCCUAAAGAACCUCGCCAAAGAUCACGUAGGCAAGUCUCGCGUGACAGUUCUCCUAAAGUUGUUAAACGAUCAACGAAAAGAAACGUCCGAGCGAUUCAGCCAACUCCUACUCCAACUCUGACCGCUGCUCCUCCCACUUCGGUCGUCGCCAGUGUCACAGUAACUAUUACAAGGACAAGUUCUGUUGUUCCGACUUCAACUGUAGUCCCGACUACCACUCCGGUAGCUCCGACAACCACCGAACAAUCGACGACGACACAGCAGCCAACCACUACGCAGCCACCUACAACGACAGACGAACGGACCACAACCGAGAAACCGACGACCACUGAAAAGCCCACGCAGUCAAUAAUCACGACAGUAGAACCGACCACCCCCAAAGAGACGACUAUUACCGAAAAACAGACAAGCACUGCAGAACUAGACACUACCAAACCAACGGCGGUAGAAUUGACGACUACUAAAGAAACGACCACCACCGCAGAAUCUACGACAACCGAGCGAACGACCACGAAGGAAAAACCUUCCACUACCGAAAAACCGACUCCCUUCGAGAAAUCAACUACCCCAGAGCUUACCACCACAACACGAACGUCCACGAAAGAAACGCCGACUACUACCGGAAAAUCGACUACUACGGAACAACCAACUACCCCGACAAAACCGACCACAACCGAGCGAGCCACGACGACCGAACAGCCGAGCUUUACAACCGGGACUACGACCACUACAGAAAAAGCGACAACAACAGAACAAACGACAACAACAGAACAAACGACAACAACAGAACAAACGACAACAACAGAACAAACGACAACAACAGGACAAACGACAACAACAGAACAAAGAACGAAAACAUCAGCGCCAAGCACGACUACUCUAUCGACCACUCAAAAAUUAUCAACCACAGGGCAACCAACAAGACCUCCUACCAAAGAGGUGUCACCAACCACCAACGAUUUCCCAUUCACGGUGAACGAGAUUGGCGCUCUUUAUCUUUAUAGAGGCCAAGUGUUUCGGUUCCAUAUCCCUUGGGACACUUUUUAUGAUAAUCAAGAUUUUUUUACCCCAAACUUGACUCUUGAAUUAAGGACGCACAAUUUUAAGUUUCUGGAGCGUGAGUACCCUUGGAUCAAAUUUGAUGCCAAAGAACAAGUGAUUUAUGCCUUUCCGAUUGACCAAAAAACAAUUGCCAUUCACGAGUUUAUGAUGAUCGCGCGAGAUAAAAAGGGAGAAAUGGGUUUUGAUGCAUUCCAGAUUAACGUUCUGAAUGAUUCAUCAGUCUCCUACAAUCAUCAGUUUACUCUAGAAGUCGACAAUGAUUACGACGAAUUCUCCAAAGACUUUGACGACCAAAUGGAGCUUGUUACAAAGCUUGCAAAGUAUUUCAACGUGAACUCGAGUAGUAUCAGAACCGCUUCAUUCACUGCUGGAUCUGUGGUGAUGAAAUUCCAGUUCGACUCAUCAGUGGUUCCCUACGACGAGUGUGAUUUUCCCGAGAGAGUAAAAUUCCUUUCUGAGGAUGGCGACGAUGUUAAUUCCGAUCUUAAGAAGGCUCUUGAACCCAAGUUCCGAGUCAAAUCAGGAAAGUUUGAAGGUCUCCGACCCUGCGGAGACGUGGUGGACGUGCUUCCAGCAACAAGUUCAGGUCAGUGGAAGACCUACGUGAUCAUCCCCGUGGUGAUUCUUGCAGUGGUGCUCCUAGUGGUGGGAAUAUGUCUGUUCCUUGUUUUGCGGUCGCGUAAGAGACGAAAGCUAUCUUUAGAAGAUCAACAGCUCUUUGUGUACAAACGCAAACCGGCUGUGCUUCAGGAAGAGUAUGAGGUGAAAGAAAGACUCCUCAAACAGCCCCUCGUUUUGCCGAACGAGAAGCCACCACUUGCUGCCCCAGUUCAUCCAAGGAGCCCCUCCUUAAAGCACCAAAACGGCGAUCCUCCCCAGUCCCCAUCUUAUCAGGCCCCGUCCUUUACGUCAUUCAGACAGCCGAGUAACCAGGGAACUCCCAAUGGAAACAGCCCACGGAAACCCGGGUAUUCGGGAUACCGGUUACCCCCGGCGUAUGUACCCCCUUGAGAACAGUUAACCACAUAGGACCGCCAGUUACUAUCAUAUCACCUGGAAAAAAUGAAGAGAGAGGACGUUAUAUUCACCAAAACUUAAAACUGAAUUAUUGCUCGUGUUACCGUUAUAGAAACUCGACGAUUUCCAUCUGAAAAAUUGCAAUCUGUUGGUAUUUUCGGUAAUCAAGCUUCCUCGCUCAAACGUGAUAUUCUAAGUUCUUUAUGUGCCAACUGUGAAGCACUAAGGAGAGCGAACUUAGGCCUCUUAUUAUUAAAUUCUCUUUGCGAAUUUCUUCAUCUCAGUUUGGUGCAUAGUUGCGCCAGUGUUUUGUUCAUUCCGACGUCUAAUUAGGUCGUUUAAAAUUCUCAAAUUAACCGAGAACUAGAUUGAAAAUCAAGCUUCUUUGUUCAUUAGGAGAAUAAGUGAUUAAAUCCUUUCUAAGUCAGUCUUGUUUGAAAAAUAACAUUACCUCACGAAUUUCCAGAAUCUGAAAAUGUAGCAACACCCUUAUUGUCGAGGAUUUCCGUAGUAAUUAAGCGGCUCUAAAUAAGUAAUUAAGCUAUGAAAAAGGACUAAACCACAAUUUAUCUUUGCAAAAAUGCGUUAAAAGGAAGAGAACAUAGGAGCGGUGCAGAGAAAAUAUUCCAGCAUUCCACAUUGUUAAGGAAUUAUGCAGCUUAAAGAUUUCGAAUCUCGUAAAUAUCACACACGUUUCCGUCAAUGUGGAUGCUGUUUUGUUUAUUACCCGCUUAUCAAAAUGUAUGUAAAUCUAUACCAAGGUUAUAAUCUUUAUACCAGUCUAGCUAAUUUUAAAAACGCAUUAAGAGAUUAAACUGAUAAUUUUAAGGCUGA